GUCAGCCGGUCGAUGCGCUCACCUGCUCAUUGAGAAGAGCGCCCGGGUCUUGACGCGAGGACACUACGGAACAUCCCGGAGCUCACAUGAUGUACACGAUCACCAGAGGUCCCAGCAAACUUGUUACACAACGGAGGACAGGUCCCACGCAGCAAAUCGAGGGAAAAUUCGGCGACUUGAAGCUCAAGCCGACGUCCUGGCUCUCUCCGAGCUCUCCGCCCCCAAAGAUUGUCUUCAAUCGUCUGAACGGGAAGCGUUACCACGGCGCCGCCACCCAGAAGAGCGCCGGCCCAGCAGAGGGAUUCACUCCCGACCAUGAAGACAACGUCAGAUUUGUGCACGAAGCAUGGCAGGAGGUGGAGCAGAAGCUGGGGGACGACAGCCAGGGGCCCGUUCAGUACGCUGAGAAGACUCCCGGCGCUGCGAUGAAGAACUUUGUGCCCAUAGACCUGGAAGAGUGGUGGGCAAAGCGCUUCCUUGCCAACAUCGCCAACCUGUCAUGACUGUGAAGCGGGAGGCUCCAAGUCGAUGCUCCUUCGCGAGGGUGAAGAGGAGGCGAGUACGUCUCCAGGGUCUGCGAGGCAAAAGGCCGCUCCGGAAUUCGGAAUCUGCCCUGUGCUUCACGCGGCUGCAGAGAAAACUGAGUGCAGGACGCAAACCAACCCCACGAAACACCAGCGACCUGACGAACUGUGACAGCCCUGCUGUGAAGGACCCGCCUCCUCACACGGAUGACCGAUCAGAAGUUGUUGUGAGAACCCUCUCGAGUGUCCUCGGCUGUAUGUACAUCUCGGCUGAUCUUUGGAUAUAAAUCUAUUGAAGAUCGAAAGUAAAAUGUUUUUCAAAAAUA